AUGAGUGAAGGAACAGCAACGAUUCGCACUCGCAAAUUUAUGACCAACAGAUUGUUGGCGCGCAAGCAGAUGGUCUGCGAUGUCCUUCAUCCAGGGAAACCCACUGUUAGUAAAACUGAGAUCCGUGAGAAGCUCGCUAAGAUGUACAAGGUGACGCCAGACGUUGUCUUCGUAUUUGGUUUCAAAACGAACUUCGGUGGCGGAAAAUCCACUGGUUUCGCCUUAAUAUACGAUACUCUGGAUCUGGCUAAGAAGUUUGAGCCCAAACACAGACUUGCUCGCCACGGAUUGUAUGAGAAGAAGAGGCCGACACGCAAACAGCGUAAGGAGCGUAAGAACAGGAUGAAGAAGGUGCGUGGUACCAAGAAAUCCAAGGUCGGAGCUGCGUCUAAGAAGUGA